AUGCCACGUCCAGGAAAAUCUUCUUAUUCAGAUGAAAAACCUCCAUAUUCAUAUAUAGCCUUAACAGCAAUGGCUAUUCAACAAAGUCCAGAAAAAAUGUUACCACUUAGUGACAUUUAUAAGUUUAUAACUGAUCGAUUUCCAUAUUAUCGUACGAAUACUCAAAAAUGGCAAAAUUCUUUACGACAUAAUUUAUCAUUUAAUGAUUGUUUUAUUAAAAUUCCACGUCGUAUUGAUCGACCUGGUAAAGGUAAUUUUUGGGCAUUACAUAGCAAUUGUAGUGAUAUGUUUGAAAAUGGUAGUUAUUUACGACGACGAAAACGUUUUAAAUUAUUAAAACAAGAACAAAUAAAAUUAGAUGAAGAAGAAGAAGAAGAAGAAAAAUCUAUGAUAAAUAAAAAACCAAUAACAAAAACAUCAUUUCUUAUUGAUAAUCUUCUUGCAAAUGAUACAAAUACAAAUACAAGUUUUACAACAUCAUCAUCAUCGGAAACAAAUAAUAGUACAUUACAUCAAUUACAAUAUACAACUGAUUUCGAAUUUCUACGUAAAUUGACAUUAUUUAAUGAUGUUAAUGGACAUCAUCAUAAUCUAUCUCAACAGUUUUAUUGGUAA